GCAGAGCCGGUCCUUCUUACAACCCCCUUUUUUUUUUUCCAAAGCGUUUCAUUCUGGCCUUGAAUGUGGCUCACAAAGGAUUAGCGGCCGUGUGGGAAUUCCGCCCUCCAGUCCUUAUUUAGCACCGAGCUAACCGGGCGGACCCCGCCUCCCCUUCAUUUGUCAACAAAGGGGUUUGACAAGCCCGGAGAAGCCCUGCCCCCAUGUUUCCAUAAAAGGAUGAUUUGGCCAUACACGGCCAACAAUCAAGCCGUGGGUAACCUUUUCCCUUCCCUAUCCCCCGUUCAUAUGGUGCGUUGACUUCCUCCGUCGCCGUUAAAGCGGAGCUAUCAUGGCGGAGCGCGUACAGCAGCCCCCAGCCAAACGGCUCUGCUGUCGGACGGGCUACAAUGCGACGUGUAGACAAGGCCAGCGGGCCGCGGGGGCGCCGUGUGGCGGCUCGGCGUCCAACCAGGGCGAAUCGAGCAAAACCCAGAGCCCGGAGACCCUCCUGGACAUCGCGGCGAGGAAAGUCGCGGAGAAGUGGCCGUUUCAACGGGUAGAGGAGCGUUUCGAGCGGAUUCCGGAGCCAGUCCAGAGACGGAUCGUUUACUGGUCUUUCCCGAGGAGCGAGAGGGAGAUCUGCAUGUAUUCGUCGUUCAACACCGGCGGGGAGGAGAUCGGAAGUAGCGGGGAGAGCAGCGACGAGACGCGGCUGCCUUUCCGACGGGGCAUCGCUCUGCUGGAGAGCGGCUGCGUGGACAACGUACUGCAAGUCGGUUUUCACCUCAGCGGCACAGUAAGGGAACCUGCCACGUCCUCGGAGCUUGAGCUUGUCUGCAAUGUGAGCGUCAGCUUCGACCGCUGCAAAAUCACAGCUGUAACAUGCAGCUGCGGCAACAAGGACAUCUUCUACUGCGCCCAUGUGGUGGCGCUCUCACUGUACAGAGUACGGACGCCCGAGCAGGUCAAACUGCGCCUGCCCAUCUCAGAGACUCUAUUCCAAAUGAACAGAGAUCAGCUGCAGAAGUUUGUCCAGUACCUGAUCACCGUGCAUCACACAGAGGUGCUGCCGACGGCACAGAAACUGGCGGAUGAAAUACUGUCGCAGAACUCCGAGAUCAACCAGGUUCACGGAGCCCCGGAUCCGACGGCGGGCGCCAGCGUGGACGAUGAGAACUGCUGGCAUCUGGACGAGGAGCAAGUUCAGGAACAGGUCAAGCUCUUUCUCUCCCAGGGCGGGUACCACGGCUCGGGAAAGCAGCUCAACUUACUGUUCGGCAAGGUGAGAGAGAUGCUGAAAAUGAGGGACUCCAACGGAGCUCGCAUGUUAACGCUGAUCACAGAGCAGUUCAUGGGUGACCCCAGACUGGCGCUGUGGAGGCAACAGGGCACCACCAUGACUGACAAGUACCGGCAGCUGUGGGACGAACUAGGGGCCCUGUGGAUGUGCAUCGUGCUGAACCCCCACUAUAAGCCCGAGCAGAAGGGUUUCUGGCUUCGACAGCUUCGCAGGUGGAACAGCGUGGACGUCUGCCCCUUGGAGGACGGUAACCAUGGCAGCGAACUGACCAAUCUGACCAACGCUCUGCCCCAGGGCGCUCCUGGCGCUCCAGAUUCACUGACUCGGCCUCACCGGACGGUGUUCACUCGAGCGAUCGAGGCCUGUGACCUGCACUGGCAGGACCCCCACCUGCAGCACAUCAUCACAGAGGACCACUACACCAACUACUGCUACCACGGCAACCUCGACAGCUCCCUCUUCGACGCCAGAGGGUGGCCCAUGUGGCACGAGCACGUCCCGACUGCCUGUGCCCGAGUAGAUGCCCUGAGAUCACACGGUUACCCCAAGGAAGCACUCAGACUGGCCAUCGCUAUAGUCAACACGCUGCGGAGGCAACAGCAGAAACAGCUGGAGUUCUUCCGAGCUCACAAAAAAGAGCUGCUCCAUAAAGGCAUAACAUCAGUCACCAACCUGGAGGGUUGGGUGGGCCACCCUCUGGACCCCAUCGGCACCCUGUUCAGCACCCUCACGGAGACGGGGCGGGUCAGCGAGGACAGCGCCACGGCCAUGCUCGACUUCUCAGGGUUUCUGGGUUCAGGUAGGAGGACGGAGCAUCCUGUUUUCCCAUCGCAGCGUUUCCUGGAGGAAGGAGAGUCGCUCAUGUCGCUGGCUGUAGAGACGGCUCUGAUUGGUUUAGGGCAGCAGAGGGUGAUGCCAGAUGGCCUUUACGCCCAGGAGAAAGUGUGUCGCAACGAAGAGCAGCUAUUGGCCAAGCUCCAGGAAGUUGAUUUGGACGACACGUUGGUGAAGAUUUUCCGGAAGCAAGCUGUUUUCCUGCUAGAGGCUGGUCCUUACAGUGGUCUGGGGGAAUUACUCUACAGAGAAAGUGUCCCCAUGCACACUUUUGCCAAGUAUCUCUUCACCUCUCUGCUACCUCAUGACGCCGAACUGGCGUACAAAAUUGCACUGAGGGCCAUGCGGCUGCCGGUCCUGGAGUCCACGGCCCCUUCCGGUGACUUGUCUCGGCCUCACCAUAUAGUGUCAGUGAUGCCCAACCGCCUCCCUCGCUGGUUCACUCUCAGCCACAUAGAGACCCAACAGUGUGAACUGGCCUCCACCAUGCUCACUGCUGCUAAAGGAGAUGCUCGUAAGCUAGAAACGGUGUUAGAGUCCAUCCAGAAGAACAUCCACUCCGCAUCCCACAUCUUCAAACUGGCCCAGGAUGCCUUCAAAAUCGCCACCCUCAUGGACAGUCUGCCGGACAUCACGCUGCUCAAAGUCUCCCUGGAGCUGGGUCUUCAGGUGAUGAGAAUGACGCUGUCUACCUUGAACUGGCGGAGGAGAGAGAUGGUUCGGUGGCUGGUCACUUGUGCUACUGAGGCUGGUGUGUUUGCGCUGGACAGCAUCAUGCAGAACUGGUUCACCCUCUUCACACCCACCGAAGCCACCAGCGUCGUGGCGAGCACAGUCAUGUCCAACAGCACCAUCGUCCGCCUGCAUUUGGACUGCCAUCAGCAGGAAAACCUCGCCAACUCCGCCCGCACCCUGGCUCUGCAGUGUGCCAUGAAGGACCCCCAAAACUGUGCCCUCUCAGCUCUGACACUCUGCGAGAAGGACCACAUUGCCUUCGAGACAGCCUAUCAGAUUGUACUGGACGCAGCCGCCACGGGAAUGAACUACACACAGCUGUUUACAAUAGCACGCUACAUGGAGCACCGCGGUUAUCCUAUGAGGGCGUACAAACUGGCGACGCUAGCCAUGACUCACCUGAACCUCAGCUACAACCAAGACACACACCCGGCAAUCAAUGACGUGCUCUGGGCGUGCGCUCUCAGCCACUCCUUGGGUAAAAAUGAACUGGCAUCCGUCAUCCCCCUGGUGGUGAAGAGCGUCAAAUGUGCCACCGUCUUGUCGGACAUUUUGCGGCGGUGCACGUUAACGACGCCGGGCAUGGUGGCGCUGCACAGUCGUAGGAACUCUGGGAAGCUGAUGCCUCUGGACAAGGCUCCUCUCAGGCAGCUACUGGACGCCACGAUCGGGGCCUACAUCAACACAACGCACUCUCGGCUGACGCACAUCAGCCCGCGCCACUACAGCGAGUUCAUAGAGUUCCUCAGUAAAGCCAGAGAGACAUUUCUCAUGGCGCAUGACGGGCACAUCCAGUUCACACAGUUCAUAGACAACCUGAAACAGAUAUACAAGGGCAAGAAGAAACUCAUGAUGCUCGUUCGAGAGAGAUUUGGUUGAAAGAGCAUCAAAUUUACUUGAGUCUCCCUUUUUUAAAAGUCUUUUCUAACUUGAAGUGAAAAUCCUCCUCAAACAACAUUCAUGCAAAUCUUAUUCCUAUGAUUUAGCGUGGCGGGGUCGAAUGAUAUAAAGACAAUUUCAUUCACAGUGAAUAUUUCAGUUUCAUUGUGAGUUGUACCAAGCAUGCGCAUAGACGGACUCUGGGUUGUGUUUUGGGAUUGAACAGUCUAAAGAUGAUAGGAAUGAUGUAUGAAAUAUGUUUUAGGGUACAUUUUCUGCUAAAAAUGACAAGAUUGACAUUGAAGGAAAACAAAAACACUGUAAACUAUAAAAGCAGGCGUUGAUGUGUAUAAAACCAUUAAGUUUGCAGAAGGAGAGAACUGUGGAAGUUUGUGUUUCCCUUUAUACGUAUGAAAGCGAGAGGGUAAGAGUUUUACACUGAGUAUAAACUGUAUUGUCCAGUGGCAAAAUGUCCACCUUGCACUCCUCCUACUUCCCUCAGCUAACGUUCACAGCCUCAAAGAGAAGACAAAACGGCUUUAAACCAAAUGGAGAAAUUCUAUCUGAAGUGACUAGUACCUCUUUUUAAGGAUCCAGCUUUACUCUCCCCCUCCCCGAGUCCACACCCAUGUUCUCAGCAACGUGACAGGAAAAACUCCAAAUUCACUAUCAGAAUUCAUUUACUGGGUCGAUAUUUUGUCUCUGCCAUCUCCAGGCUGAUUGUUUUGGCUUUGUGGCGUCGUCUCAAACAUUCAGCGUGCUUAUUCUACGGACACAUUUGUCACAGAAACACAAAAACAAACUGUCACAGUGCUUGCUCUUGUGGAAACUUGGCAACUGUCAACAUACAUUCUCAGGGAUUUCUCUAAAAAGAAAAAAGCAGACAACAAAAAAAAAAGAAAACACACGAGCGAACAAAAGCAUUUUAUUGUCCUGUGUAUAUAUAUAAAAGUAUAUGUCUGAAUAUUGAAAAAAAAAUGUAUAUGUUAACUAAUUUAUGACAGAAUAUUCUAUGUAAGGCACAAUACUUGAAGCUGCAGUACUUUUGGUUUUAGAAACAAACAAGAAAAAAAAAACAUAUCAGAAGGACUUCAAAUCUUUCGCCUUGCAUUGCCAUCAGGGGCCAAUUCAGUCGGUAAGUACACGCCGGCUGGUUUGGCUCUGCAGACAUGUAAUGACCUGCAGAAACUGGCCAGUUUGUAAGACAGGAAGUGGACGUGCAAGAAGUGUACAGUCUUCCUGAACACAGAAGCGUAUCGAGGAUUGUAGGAGUCGGAGGAAGAGACAAAACUGCUGUGACGUUGCAGUGGAGUGAAAUCUGCCCUUGCGUCUCCUCCUGCAGUGAUUCAGUCACGCGUCCUUGCCACUUCUUCUGAUAUCUUGACUUUGUGCAGGACAGAAAGUUGCUCUAUACUGUAGGUCUUGACUGUUUUUUCUUUUUACACACUGUGUAUUUUUUCCUCCUCUUAAAUUCAGUUUGCUUUCAUUUCUCUCUAGAAUUCCUCACACAAGAACAGCCUUCUUUCUUGCCUUGUCUUAAUGCUUUAAAAUAACCAAAUGGGAGUUCUUACUACCAAACUUUUUUCAUACGCCAACUGACUUUGGUUACAAACUUUUUUUGUUUUGUUUUAGUGUCUUUUAAUUUGUAGCUGGUCCGGCUCUGUAUUCUUGUGCUUUAAAAGCUCAUCUGUUUUUCAGUGUCGUCUCUUGUAAGUAGCUUCUUUUUUGUUUAGAAAUGAAAUAUGCUCCCUUUUUAUUUAUUACGUUAGGUAAAUGAUUGUACAACCAUGUCAACAUGCUCAUGAAGUUGAAACUAAGAUUUGAUACACUGAUCGAUUUAUUUAUGUAACUAAAAAUCACUGUUUUAUAAACUUGUUAAUGAAACAACAUUUUGUUUUGAUUAAAUUCAUUUUUUGAGAGGA